AUGCCCAACGAUGAAUCUAGCAAUCGAAAGGAUGACAAGAUCGGCUUCAUCCGCAUACAGGACAUUCCGUCGUUUAAUCAAAGGCACUGCAGAAUGCGCGAUCCGAAGCUCGUGGAGAAGAUCAUCAAUGAAUUCGUGUGUGGCGGACCGGAGAGAAUGCAAUUCGUAUCAGACUUUGACUUUACGAUCACCAAACAACGAACGGAGGAUAAUGAACCAGUGCUCUCAAGCUUUGGAAUUUUCAAUACGUGCAAAUCUCUGCCAUCGCACUAUAGGGAUGAGACGGACAAGCUGUUCCGCAAAUAUCGACCCAUCGAGAUUGAUCCCAAUAUGUCCACUGAGGAGAAGGUUAAGUACAUGAUUGAAUGGUGGACCAAAGUGUCCCAACACACCAAGGGGUUUAAACUCGAUCAGACCGAAAUAGAUCAGGCUGCAAGCAAAUAUAAGAGUGCAGUUCGUUACGGAACUCCUGAGCUUUUUGCAGUUCUGCUUCGCUUGGAAAUACCGGUGCUUGUGUUCUCCGCCGGACUUGGCAACUCGGUGGUCUCAGUGCUGCAGCAGGCAAACAUCAUGCAUCCCAAUGUCAAGGUCGUUUCGAACUUUCUGCAGUACCGCGAUGGUGUUCUCGAUGGUUUCCAGCAGCCAUUGAUACACAAUUUGAACAAGAACGAAACGGUUCUGAAUGGCAGCGAGUAUUAUGAACUUGUUCACACACGUGACCACAUCAUCGUCAUGGGCGAUUCUCUGGGCGAUGCUGACAUGGCUAACGGAGUUCCGGCCUCAUCGCACAUUCUCAAAAUAGGUUUUCUGUUUGAUCACGUGGAGGCAAACAUGGAAAAGUAUAUGAAUACAUUUGAUAUUGUGCUCGUGGAUGAUCAGACAAUGGACGUGCCUCGAGCUCUAAUCGAUCUCAUUGAGCAGCGUCAUCAGUUACGCCGUCCACACGCUACCAGUUUCUAGACCACAAGCAAUAAAUUUUUUAUUUAUAUAUAUAUUUAUUUUUUUAUACCAAAACUA